AUGGGGAGUGGUAAAAGUAAGGAAAAUCUGGGUAAUCAAACAAAUGCAACAGUUAAAAGUAAUUAUGAUAAUUUAAAUUUCAGAGUUAAUGAAAAUUCAAGAGUAAUUAAUCAAAAAGCAUUUAAAAGUUAUGUUGACUGGAAAUUAAAUAAGAAGGCAAAUUUGGUUUAUGUUAAUGAAAAAGAUAAUGAAAUUAAAGAAAAGGUUGAAGGGUAUCAUGAAUGGACAUCGGAGACUUUUAAAGUUAAAGCUGAUACAGAAUGGGUUUCAGGAUGUUUAGACCUUAAAGCGGAUAAAACUUAUGUUAAUGAUGAAUUAGAGAAGAAAGCAGAUAAAACAUAUGUUAACAAUGAGUUAAAGAAGAAAGCAGAUAAGGAAAAAGUUAUUUCAUUCAUUAAUACUGAAUUAAUGAAGAAAGCUGAUAUAUCAUUUGUUAAUGAAGAAAUAAAACAAUCAGAGGUCUAUUUUACUCCACCAUUUUUAAAUUUUAUGAAAUCAUCAGAUAAAACAUUUCAAUCUAUUGAAUGGUUAUGUUUCGAUGGAGUGACCACGUAUUUAUUUUAUACAGCUGGCGUGCUUUAUUAUUUUAAAACAAAUGAUUUUAAAAACUAUGAAUCAUUUACUCCAUCUGUUUUGAAUCCUGAUACACGAAAGCCAAUCAUUAAUCCAAGAAUUUUAUAUGUUGAAUAUAAUAACGGUAAAUUUAUGGGAAUGAUAACGGUUGGAGAUGAUUUUUGCCCUUGUUAUUCAUUCGAUUGUAUCCAAUGGUUCAAAUGUAAUUUAAAUCAAGAUGCUAAAUUUAAAUAUCCAAAUAAACCUAUUAGAUGUGUUAAUAAUAAAUGGGUACUAAUUUAUGAAGCCAAUCAAAUUUUCAUUAGUGAGGAUGGGAUAAAUUAUUAUAUGUUUAGUAUGAUGUCAUCAGAUUUGAAAAUUGAUUAUACAAGUAAAUGGUAUUACAUUAACAGCAU